CGGAAAUCCGGAAAUCAGACUUAACAAGCAGAUUGUUAGUAACUGCAAAGCACCAAAAUAUUGCUUCCUGAAGAGACCUUCACCAUACUCAUAUAACGUGAAACUCCACAUUGUUCAUAUUUCUGGAGAUAAAAUGACAACAAACCAGCUUGUGCAUGAUUUUCCAAUUCAUAAACGCACCUAUGGUAUGCUUACUGCAUUACAUAAACACAACGCUGCCUGUUAAUUACCUAGUCCAAUUAGAGUAACAGCAGAUGGUCUUGUAAGCUGGUGGGUCUUAUUAGAAAAUGGACCCCCUUGUAGAGCCCCUAACCCACAUGUAGAAACCGACUCUCUGAGCAAUGGCAGCCGUGUUGCUCAUCACACUUGAUUCAUUCGAUAGCAAAGUACAGAGUUUUGUUUGCCACCCUUGUAUUGUAAGACCACGUCGUAAAGGAGCAAAUCAACAUAAUGCAGCACUCAUCAGAAGUGGUGUGACGUAACUAGCUAAUCUUUCAGAAAGCCUGUCUGGAUUUAAAUAGAGAUAUACAUAAUCUCAUUCAGCACUUAGAGGAGUUGUCAGGGGGGGAGCCAAGCCCAGAGACGGGCCAACACCAGCACUCAGCACAACGCAGUCCCGUUGUUCUGGUCAGAGACAAAAACAGCGAAAGAAGAGAGAGCGUGAGACAAGAAGGUAAGCGAGGAGGGUAACUCAGCAAAUCCGUCCCUUUUACUCGUGUACAGCCUAGAAAUAUGGGGAACACCAAGAGCGGUGCUUUGUCCAAAGAGAUUCUGGAUGAUCUGAAGAUGAACACCAAAUACAGUGAGGAAGAGCUCUGCACGUGGUAUGCCAGCUUCCUCAAAGAGUGUCCCACCGGACGCAUCACUAAGGAACAGUUCGAAGGCAUCUACGCCAGUUUCUUUCCGGAUGCCGAUCCCACCGCCUAUGCUAGGCAUGUCUUCCGCAGCUUUGACACCAACGCCGACGGGACCUUGGACUUUAAGGAGUACAUUGUGGCACUGCACCUUACCUCGUCAGGCAAGACCACGCGCAAACUUGAAUGGGCGUUCGCUCUGUACGACGUAGACGGCAAUGGGACCAUCAGUAAAAACGAGGUGCAGGAGAUUGUUCGGUCGAUAUUCAACAUGAUUCCGGAGGAAGAUCAGAAAAACCUUCCGGAAGAUGAGGACACACCAGAAAAGCGAGCAGACAAAAUUUGGACCUUUUUCGGAAAGAAAGACGAAGAUAAGAUUGAAGAGGGGGAGUUCAUUCAGGGUGUCAUGGAAAACAAAGACAUCUUGAGGUUGAUACAAUUCGACGAGCCAAAGAAGAUUCAGGACAAACUCAAGGAAAAGAAGCAUUAAUGACCACAUUCCCAUGAGACUGAUCAGAGCUUCGUUUCUAUUCAUUUGACACCAAACCUUCAUGACCCAGACUGCUUCUCCAGGUCAAAUGCUGGACUCAUCCAGAUACGCUAUCCAUAAACACGUCAGGGCCAUGAACCAGACAAACCUAGCUUUUCUUAUAAUAUAUACAAGACUUCUGUUCUGGACCACCACCACCACCUCUACCUGAAUGGCCUCUAAAGUCAUUGCUAUUUCCAUUGUUUUUAGAGUCUAGUCAAUAAGAGCAAUUAGGCUCAUGUUAACAGUCCAACUCUAGCGUACGCAAUCCGCUUAGGAUCUGAAGGUCGGGUAAGACAAAUCCGCAGGGUCCAGUGGCUCUCCUCUUUUAGAUCCCUUCAGGGUUAAGGUGGUUUAAGCGCAUUUAACAUGCAUUCAUCAGAAUCUGUUUAGCAGGUGACUGGGUAAUUUUUAUAGAACAAAUUUCUUUUACUGUUUUUUUUUUUUUUUAGGAAAUGCAGUGAUGGUGAUGGGAAUUUUAGAGAAUUUUAAAAUGCAAAGUUUAGAAAUUAAUGUUAAACAUAUCUAUUCUAAGUCCAUCCACUAAUGGCAAUUAUCCAUACAAAAACUCUGGAUAACACAUUAUUUUCCUUGCUACAUGUAGUAAUACAGUAGUAAUAACAGUGAAUUAAGCGUAACUAUAAACCAAACCCUAACCCUACUCUUCAGUAAGUGCAUGUUGUUAAUUGCUAUUACUCAGUACUUAAAUUUAUAACUACUCUGUAACAAGGACACCUUAAAAUGAAGUGUAACCAAACUCUCAGUCCAUUUCGGAUCAAAGAUUACCGCUGUACUGUUGGAACGACAGUAUUCAUGCCAGUCACAACUGACCAUGUGGUUUCUGUCCAUAUAUUUGUAAUAUAAUUUAGCAGCGUGAUGUUUUAGAUAAGUACAAAUGAUAACGUGCAUUGUUCAUUUUCUUCUUUGUCAAUCAGAACACUUCAAUAUACUGUACAUAAAUAUAUUUUUGAGUUGAUUUUCAGUGCAAAUAACGUAACCACCAUGUAACCACCAUAUCAUGUAACCACCACUUGUUGUCACUGAUCUACUUUUUUACAUGAUAUUAUCACACAAAAACAAAGCUGUCUCAAAAUGGAUAUUUAUCUGAUUGAGUUUAGAGUGAGAUUAGAGUCUUGAGUGUCCAAGCAAGCGUAGACUUACUAAACUUGAACACUAGAAAGGGCUCUCACCCACAAGUGUACCUUUAUCAUGUUGACGCUGCUUACGGCCAAAGCUCUAAGGACAAGCCUGAAACACAGGGGCUUACCUCUUUCUUUUCUUAAAGCCGUCUUUGUCUCAGGCUAAUGCAUGGCCUGGUUUCAGCACUAGGACACUGAGCUGCAAAACAAUGGCCAGAGCUGUGCAGCACGGUUGCUUUUGACUCAGUGGAAAACAGAAUGAAUGGUCAAAACAACUUAGAGGAUCAUGAGUAGUAGUAGAGUUGCAUUAAACAUGAAUGACCUGG